AUGCAGGCAACCAACGACGUGGGGCAGCCGACACCCGACAAAGAUGAUGAGGAGGUCUUCUUUCGGGCUCUGCAGUUCUCAUGCAGCGCCGUCUUCCCCAUGGUCCUCAAGGUGGCCAUCGAUCUCGAGCUCCUCGAGAUCAUCGUCACGGCUGGCCCGGAAAAGGUAAUGAGCCCAGAGGAGAUUGCCGCUCGGCUGCCCACCCACAACCCGCAGGCACCCAUCUGGGUCGAUCGGAUUCUCCGCUUGCUCUCCACCAACAGCAUCGUCGGCUGCACCGUCGAGUCCGGCGCCGACGGCCGCCCCUCGCGGAAGUACGCCAUGACACCCAUCUCCAAGUUUUUCACCAAGAAUCACGAUCGUUCUGUUGUGAAAAUGUUUUUGCUACAUCAUGACAAAGUCUUCAUGGAUCUAUGGCACCACGUGAAGGAUUCAGUGUUGGACGGCAAAGAACCAGUGAUGGCCGCCUAUGGGAUGUCGUCCUUCGAGUACCAAGGCACCGAUCCACGCUUCAACAAGGUGUUCAACGAGGCCAUGCAAAGCCACUCCACCAUCAUGAUCAGCCGACUGCUCCGCACUUACGGCGGCUUCGACGACGUGGAAGUGCUGGUCGACGUCGGCGGCGGCGUCGGCACCACCCUCGGCAUGAUCACUGCCAAGCACCCCCGCAUCAAGGGCAUCAACUUCGACCUCUCGCAUGUCAUCUCCGAAGCACAACCCCUGCCAGGUGUGCAGCACGUUAGCGGAGACAUGUUCGAAGCUGUUCCCGGCGGAGAUGCCAUUUUUCUCAAGUUGAUUCUUCAUGACUGGAGCGAUGAGAAUUGUGUAAAGUUAUUGAAGAACUGUUGGAAAGCUCUGCCGGAGAAAGGGAAGGUGAUUGUGGUGGAAUGUGUUCUUCCAGCCGUUCCAAAGCCGACUCCGAGAGAGCAAGGCAUCUUCCAGUUAGAUCUGUGCAUGGCGACCUACAACAUCGGAGGAAAAGAGAGAACGGAGGUGGAGUUCCAAGGGUUGGCAAGGGACGGUGGGUUUACCGGAUUCAAAGCUCUUCAUUUGUUUGCAGAUACGUGGGUCAUGGAAUUCACCAAGUAG